GACUGCACGGGCGCACUUAAAAACGAAUGACGGCUCACUUGACCGCAGUCCAAAACGUUGUUUGCCAACCGCCAUUAAACCUCAGAAAAGAAAGAAGAAAGAAAGAGAAUCGGAACAGAACUUGGACUGAGGCUGAAGACGUUUUCACAAAUACGGGAGUAUGUACAAGUAUGGUUAUUGAGAAAUGGCCUCACCUUUCUACUGAAAACACGCUCGUGUUUGUGCUCGUUUGUUCUCUGGUUUGUUCUGGAGCAACACAUCAGGACGAGACUAACGGUGUCUCCAGAACGUACGUCACAGAGGGGGAAGAUGCCGUCCUUCACUGUUCUUAUGGAGGAAGCCUUGAGAACACGGUGGUAGACUGGGAGAACCAAAAUAAAAAAGAGGUGUGCCUCUACGACGGAGGCCAGCACUGUGAGGACAGGCGGGACAAUCAGGACGAGCAGUACAAAGGACGAGCGUCACUUUUCUACGACGAGCUGAAGAACGGAAACGCAUCCUUGAUCCUCAACAACACAAGGAUUGAAGACAAGGGGACUUACACCUGCACACUUCCACGUUUGAGUUCUGGAAUCCAAAGGUCCACGGUGGAGCUCAUCGUCAGUGUCUCCAGAACGUACGUCAAGGAGGGGGAAGAUGCCGUCCUUCACUGUUCUUCUGUAGAAAGCCUUAAGAACAUGGUGGUAGACUGGAAGAACCAAAAUAAAGAAGUGUUCCUCUACGACAGAGGCUGGCACUACGAGAACAGGCUGUGCUGUCAAGAUGAGCAGUACAAAGGACGAGUGUCACUUUUCUACGACGAGCUGAAGAACAGAAACGCAUCAUUGAUCCUCAACGACACAAGGAUUGAAGACACGGGGAUUUACACCUGUGACCUGAGUUCUGGAAGGCAAAUAUUCACGAUGGAGCUCAUCGUCGAACGGGUCCUCAGAAACAGAAUUGGACUUGAAAAAGGAGCCGUUCAGGCGCCAGACCUCAAGAUUGUGAACGUGUCAGAGGCCGGCGUGGAGCUCCAGUGUGUGGUCAGAGGUUCUUCAUCAAAGCCGAGUGUAGAGUGGCAGACGUGUGAAGGAACCUCUCUUAAUUCAGAGGAGCCACUGGUCUCUGAGACACGAGGCCGUUACGACACCACGCUCCUCGUCACUGUGACGGAGACGAAGACCAACUGCUUCCGCUGUGUGGUCAAACAGGAGGACAUUUACCACAGGAUUGACACUAACAUCACUGUGUCAGACAAACUCGGUACAGUUGUUCACUUAGCUUCAUGGGUUUCUGGAGUUGUCACAGUUACAGUGGUACUUCUGCUGGCUCUGGUUCUGUAUCUGAUCAUCAAAAAACGCAUAAGUCGACGGAACAUGAGCAGAGAAACAGAGGAGAUGAUGAAGAACUUCAACACCUCAGAACAAAACACUCAUUAUGAGAGAAUUGACACCAAGGACAUGAUGAAUGGAUCAGUGAAGGAAGAGGAGACAAGACAGAACAACGGCUCAGAUGAAGGCGAUGAAGACAUCGUACUGGAGAGUUGAUGAACAGAAGUCUAACGACGAUGAGAUGUUGUCCGUGUUUAUUUAGCCACAACGCUCCCAUUGUGAUACCUUCUCACUGUUCUUCUUCCAGGGAGUCCUGGUCAGGAUCAGCCAUAAAACGCCUGUGAAGGUGUUUUUAGAUAAGACGGAGAAAAACAGUUUGACCCAAUUCAGAGUUCAUUCUGGGAGCUUUUCAAACAAGUCGAGCGGUAGACGUGGUGCUGUACGACAAGAGGCUAGAAACAUACAUAGGUUAGUUUGAGGACUUGUUCGUAAAAAUCAGCAUAUGCAUUUCCCUCCUGUGGAUAAGAGACAACCAACCUACAGAGAAGAGAUGAAUGUAACAGCCAUUCACCUUCAUAUGCCUUGAUAUUUGUAGGAGGUGACUCUUUUCUAUACGUGAGCUGUUAAAAAGUGAAAUCAGCUGUAUUAGCGCGUACUUGGUUUUUCUUGAAGUCAAAGUUUUAAAAGCCACGUGUGUCGUCCACAUAUAAAUGUAGUUUAGCUGGAGCUAAAUCGUAUGUUAUCGUAUGUAUUUUUUUUGGUUUUUUUUACUACUUAACAUUUAUUUCCAUGUGCAAUCAUACAAAGAACAAAUAUACAACAAUCACAUAGCACAUGAUUUCGCUCCACAUUGACCUACAAAUUCAAAUUAUAUUACACGUACAGCAGGAGCCUGAUUCAUCUCAUUCAAGCCCAUAUGCAGUCACCCAUGUAUUAACACAGUAUUACCACAUCAAAUACUCCUCUGUAGCUGUAGUAUUACAGGUGUCCACUGAAAGCUCCUGUCCUGAGUUGGAGUUUGGCUGUAAUCAUCAGAAUUACUGAUUUAUUACCAUUACUGAUUCUAAUACUCUCCAUUAAAUACACAUUUUUUACUCUUACCCUCCAUUGUUGGACAGUUGGUAGAUUAACAUUCCUCCAUAACACAGUAAUCAUCUUUUUUGUGAUCAACAGCAACACCCAGAUUAAAUAAGCCUGUUUUUUGAUGAUUGUAUUUCCUGGAGUUUUUCCCAAUAUAAAAAUGUCUGGCACUAUGUUGUUGUUGUUUUUUAAAGUACUUUAUAAAUAAAGUUGGAUUGGAUUGAGCAGAACAAACAUUUAAAGCUGCUCUCAGUAAGAAUGAGCAUCAAGAACUGGCCCUAAAAUGUUGACGUCACAUUUUAGAAUCGGCUCCGCUCGCUUGGAACCUCGUCAGAGCAGGAACUAAACAAAAACACCAGGUGCUAUCACUGAUGGAGAAGCAAUAAAAGAAAAACUGAGCAGAGUCUCGUAGAGCUACAAAAGUGCCUUAACAAAUGAGGAACUUGUCCGUAUGUGUUAUGUUUUCUGUUGUCUUGUUCAUUGUACAUUGAUUUCCUUCAUCGUCUGCACUUUAAUUUAUUGUAAUUGAGUCUUAAAGGUCCACUGUGUAGAAUUCAGGGUUCAUAGUUAAAUGAUCAACACAAUCACAAUAUAUGUGACUGAAAAGUUGAUCAGUGAAGGAGAUUAUUCCUAAUCAGAUUAAGAAAGAGAUAGAAAACUGAACAAUCUUGGUUCUCCAGUGACUUUGAUGAAAUUGACCGGGGUCAUUGAAUGCAUCUGCUGCUCGCUGUCUCUCUCAUGCACUGGAGUUUGUUGUUGUUUGUUGUUUAAAUUUCUAAAUUUCAGACAUAUUUUAAAUAUAUGAGAUAAAUUCAAUACAGAUAUUAGUCUGAUCAUUUUUAAAUCGGUUCCUCUUAUUUCAACAUGCAACUUCACCCCGAAUGCCAUUAAAUCUACACCCUGGUUCUUUGCACUUUUACUGUUUAUGUGUUUGAGGAAAAGUCUAAAGCGUCUCUGUAUUUUGUGAAUCUGUGAAUGUGAAUGAAUGGGUGAUCUUUCAGGGCUGACUGAAUGAAUGUUGACACGUUUCACUGAUGAAAAUAGUUUUUUCAGUGAAAUCGUUUUUGAUUCUUUGUUUCGUGAUCAUGUAAAUAAGAAGAAACAUGUUUUUCUCAAUAUAUUUGUAAUCAUGUAAAAUAAAUAUAUAUUUAUCA